AUGAGUCUGGAUGUUUGGAGAUUUGUCACCUGUGGUAAAGGAGUAGCCUCGGAACAUCGUGGCAAUCAUCUUUUCGAAAAGGAUCAACUGGCCAGAUUUAAGUAUUUGCCAGAGGAUUGGUGGUACUACAUCAAUCAGGAUGGUGAAGGAGUUGCUGUGGACUUCCCUUUCAUGGCAAGACCAGUGUUGUCAUGGUCACCACAAAAAUUUACCCAAAAAGGUGGUAAAUUAGUGAAGGCGGCCAGGUUCCCCAUUGAGAAAGUUUGCUUAACAAUAAUCCGGAGGGCAUGUAAUACAGACAGUAUUUCAUAA